GCGCACGCGCGACUUCUUAUGCACAUGCGCAGUUCUCGCGGUGCCGGCGCUCUUCGUCUAGGGUUGAGGUGGCGGCUUUGAAGCCGGAGGCGGGGCGAGCGGCGCUAUGGCUGAGGGCAGCGGGCAAGUAGUCACAGUGCCGCCGAGCGGGGCUGCCAACAGCCAAAACAAUGGGGCUGGAGGGACCUCGGCGCAGACCAACAACCCGCUGUCGCGGAAGCUGCAUAAGAUCUUGGAAACGCGGCUGGACAACGACAAGGAGAUGUUGGAAGCUCUCAAGGCACUUUCAACCUUUUUUGUUGAGAAUAGUUUGCGCACUCGAAGAAAUUUACGUGGCGAUAUCGAACGCCGAAGUUUAGCCAUCAAUGAAGAUUUUGUAAGCAUUUUCAAGGAGGUGAAGGAAGAGCUUGAAAGUAUAAAUGAGGAUGUUCAAGCAAUGAGCAGUUGUUGUCAAGAUAUGACAAAUCGCCUCCAGGCUGCAAAGGAACAGACUCAAGAUUUGAUAGUAAAAACCACUAAACUUCAAGCUGAAAGUCAAAGGUUAGAAAUCAGAGCACAAGUUGCAGAUGCCUUCCUAGCAAAGUUCCAGCUAACUUCUGAUGAAAUGAGUCUUCUCCGAGGUACUAGAGAAGGCCCUAUUACUGAGGAUUUUUUCAAAGCAUUGGGAAGAGUAAAACAAAUUCAUAAUGAUGUCAAAGUUCUCUUACGUACAAACCAACAAACAGCAGGUUUAGAAAUUAUGGAACAGAUGGCUUUGCUUCAAGAAACAGCUUAUGAAAGGCUUUACCGAUGGGCUCAAAGUGAAUGCAGAACAUUGACACAAGAAUCAUGUGACAUAUCUCCAGUAUUAACUCGGUCAAUGGAAGCCCUGCAGGACAGGCCUGUUUUAUAUAAAUACACUUUAGAUGAAUUUGGAACAGCUCGAAGAAGUACAGUUGUUCGUGGAUUCAUUGAUGCUCUUACAAGAGGAGGCCCAGGGGGUACACCUAGACCCAUUGAAAUGCAUUCUCAUGACCCUUUGAGAUAUGUAGGGGAUAUGCUGGCUUGGUUACAUCAAGCUACUGCUUCUGAAAAAGAACACCUUGAAGCUCUCUUAAAGCAUGUAACUGCACAAGGUAUUGAAGAUAAUAUUCAAGAAGUUGUUGGACAUAUCACUGAAGGUGUAUGUAGGCCUCUAAAGGUUCGAAUUGAACAAGUAAUAGUUGCUGAGCCCGGUGCAGUAUUACUAUAUAAAAUUUCUAACCUCCUCAAAUUUUACCACCAUACAAUCAGUGGCAUUGUUGGAAAUAGUGGGACUACUCUGUUGACUACCAUUGAAGAAAUGCACUUGCUCAGCAAAAAAAUAUUCUUUAAUAGCUUGAGCCUUCAUGCAAGUAAAUUAAUGGACAAGGUUGAACUCCCACCACCUGAUCUUGGGCCAAGUUCUGCAUUAAAUCAGACACUCACAUUAUUGCGUGAAGUUUUGGCAUCUCAUGAUUCUUCAGUUGUACCAUUAGAUGCUCGUCAAGCUGAUUUUGUGCAGGUAUUAUCAUGUGUCUUAGACCCUCUCCUCCAGAUGUGUACUGUAUCAGCCAGCAAUCUAGGCACAGCUGACAUGGCCACAUUCAUGGUCAAUUCAUUGUAUAUGAUGAAGACAACAUUAGCUCUCUUUGAAUUCACUGAUAAACGUCUGGAAAUGCUACAGUUUCAGAUUGAAGCACAUUUGGACACACUUAUAAAUGAACAAGCUUCUUAUGUUUUAACUAGAUCAGGCCUGAGUUACAUCUAUAACACUGUACAGCAACAUAAGCCAGAACAGGGUUCUUUAGCCAAUUUGCCCAACCUAGAUUCGGUAGCAUUGAAAGCAGCAAUGGUUCAGUUUGAUCGUUAUUUAUCAGCCCCAGACAACCUGUUAAUGCCACAGCUGAACUUUCUUCUAAGUGCUACAGUGAAAGAACAGAUCAUAAAACAGUCAACAGAAUUAGUCUGCAGAGCCUAUGGUGAAGUGUAUGCAGCUGUGAUGAAUCCAGUCAAUGAGUACAAAGAUCCAGAGAGCAUUCUACACCGAUCACCACAACAAGUGCAGACUCUCCUCUCCUGAUCAUCUCCUUUGAAUGUGUUUGCAAAAUAUUGCACCUCUACAGGUUUUCUUAUUUUUUAGUUUAUUAUCUUUAUUUUGAAAUUUGAUGGUUGCUUUUCAUUGUAUCAUAAGAUAGUAGGAUCAAUAAUUUUUUACUUUGAUCAAAAUAAUGUGGAAGUAAGUUAACAUGUUGAUCUGAGUUACUCUUGUUUUAUACCUAUUCUCUCUAAAAGGUAUUCUUUUCUCUGUUAGCUACUUCUGGAGCUCUGUAGUCCCUGCUGUAUUCUGGAAUAUAAAUGUAUGGAAGAAUAUAGUAUAUAAGUUUGAGGAAUAUUUUUAUAAGACUAGUUCUAAUAUAACUGUACAUAAAAAAUUUGCCCAAACUUAUGAAUUAAUAUGAAGAUAAAACCUAAUAAAUAUCUCUUUACCUGAUGAUUCAUUUACUUUCUUAUUGUUAAUAGGAGUGAACAUACUUAAAUGAAAGAACAGAUAUAUAGACUUAUUUAAAAGGGAAAAAAAGAAUCUGAAAAGUGAGAUUUUACUCUUUAAGAUGGAGUUCAGUACUUCGGAUAGGUCUUAGGAAUAUAAGAAUCCUGUGCUUCAUGAAGGCUGGAAUGUAAAAGUAGAUAUUUGUUAUGCUGUGUGGGCUCUAAAUCCAACCAACUGCAAGUUCUGUGCAGUGUUCAAACCAAAGAAUGUUCAAACAUGAAGAAAAUAUAUCAGUGUAGCAGUUGCUAAUUGACAGUACGGCUAUUCCAUGAAGAACCCUUUAAAAAGAAUGAUUUGAGCUCUGAUUUUGGAAUUUUACUUCUAAGAUUUACUUCUAAGAGCAACCACUGUUGCUCUUAUUUUUACAAAAUAAAUCUCAAUGUGUUUGAUGUGACUUUACUUUCAUAGCAAAAUUAUUGCUAAAAUGCCAGAGUUUCUGGUAAAUAUAUUAAAAGGAAUUAAGUUCCUAACUAAAUUAUAAAUAAGAAAACUGGGGCAUAAUGAAAAAACUAGCCUAAAAUAUUUUGAAAAGUAGUAAGAUAAAGUUAAUAUUUAUAGUAGAUUAUUAUAUAACAAAUUUGUAUUUAUAGAACAUGUUUAUUGAUCUGUGUGAAAUUUAUAUACCAAUAUGACUCUGUCAUAUCUGUCAUAUUGGUGCAAUAGUGAUUACAUAUUACCUGUUUUGGUAUAAACUUUCAGUGAAGGUUUUUCCUCCAGUGAAUUUGUAUGAUAUAAAAAGUAGAAAAUAAAGUAUGAUAAAAAUAAAGAACUUUAUAUGAUUUAUUUUUAUUGUGAAAAAAAGAUUGCUACCUUAUCAUUAGUGAAUUGUUUUGUGAUCUAGGAAAAAAGGCUGCUUGACUUUUAGUCUUUUUAAAUUAUUAAACUAGUUCUAGAGCAAUGAUGACUGCAGUAUUUUAAAUUCUUGAUUUAGUUUUUAGAAAACGUACUCAUAAAAAGGAGGCACUAUAUAGGACCAAAUAAGAUAGUAAUGGAAGAUUGAUCAGAAUGUAGUGUUAAUAUGACCUUAAGCAUUAAGCAAAAUAAAGACUGUAAGCCUUAAUACCUUGACAUGACAUGUACUUGCUAUAUACUCAUAGUUUGCUUUUUGAAUUGUUUUGUUAGGGCUUAAUGAUAUCUUCACAUAAUGAGCGUUUGUCCUUUAGAGGGAGAAGGGCUUUGCCUGACAAACCCUUCUCUGAACUUUUCCAUAUCUUUCCCUGUGCCUGUACAGGAUAGGGCUAUUCUUAUGUGUGUGUUAUGGUAUCUCAGUUGCAUUUUUCUGACAAUAAAUGUUUCCAUG